AUGGAUACUCGUAAAAGAGGGCGGCAUGAAGCUGGCGCCUUCCAUGCUAAUGGCGGCUUCAAGAAGAACAAGCAAGAAUUGGAGUCCUUUUCAACUGGUGUAGGAAGCAAAUCGAAGCCAUGCACCAAGUUUUUCAGCACUGCUGGCUGUCCUUUUGGCGAGAGUUGCCACUUCCUGCACUAUGUUCCUGGUGGUUAUAAUGCUGUGGCUCAGAUGAUGAAUCUUGCGCCUGCUCCUCAAGCAUCUAGGAACAUUGCUCCCCCACCAUCCAAUUCAAAUGGAUCCAGUUCAUCUGCAGUUAAAUCGCGCUUAUGCAAUAAAUAUAAUUCUGCUGAAGGCUGCAAAUUCGGUGACAAAUGCCAUUUUGCACAUGGUGAGUGGGAACUUGGCAAGCAUCUUGCUCAGUCCCACGAUGAUCCCCGUGCCAUGGGACCUGGUCCAGGUCGCAUGACCAAUUGGAUGGAGCCUCCCCUUGCAGGCCCUGCAUCUAGCUUUGGUGCCUCGUCUACUGCCAAAAUCAGUGUAGAUGCUUCGCUUGCAGGAGCCAUUAUUGGGAAGGGUGGUGUAAAUUCGAAGCAGAUUUGUCGCCAGACAGGUGCCAAGCUUUCAAUCCGGGAGCAUGAGUCAGAUCCCAAUCUCAGGAACAUUGAACUAGAGGGGACCUUUGAACAGAUUCAGCAAGCAAGUACCAUGGUGAGAGAGCUAAUUGUGACUGUUUCAAUGUCUGGCCCUGCAAAAACUCCUGGAGGAGGAGCUCCAGGGGCCCCGGCCCCUCCCGGAAGUAACUAUAAGACAAAGCUAUGCGAUAAUUUUACCAAAGGGACUUGCACCUUCGGAGAAAGAUGUCACUUUGCACACGGGGCUGCUGAAUUGCGGAAGUCUGGGAUGUGA